GCGGUGGCCUGUUUCCUUUCAUGUUGUGGCGUUUGUUCUUCACUGUAUGCAUUCACGAUGCAUGUGGAGUUUGGGUUUUACGGAAUGCUUUAUGGAGUUUGGGUUUCACUGGAUACACUAAUGAUGCAAAUGGAGUUUGGUUUCCACUGAAUGCAUUUAACGAUGCUUAUGGCAUUUGUUUUUUUAACCGACCUCUAUGGAGGCCUCUACGAUGGAGGCAUGUGGCAUUUACAUCAUAUUGUUUAUCAACGAUAAACCUACGGAGUUGAGUUCCAAAGCAAUUAUUUUC